CUGAAUCUAGAUUAAGGUUCUGUCUGGAUUCAGUUUGGACUCAGGUCCACGGUAGAUUCAAACUGCACUCAGUUCUAUCUGGAUUUAGCUCCUAUCUGAAUUGAGUCUAAAUUCUGGUCCGAUCUGGAUUGAAUCUAGAUUUAGGUUCUAGCUGGAUUCAGGUCCUGUCUGGAUUCAGUCCAGAUUUAGGUGCUUUUUGGAUUGAUACUGGAUUCUGGUUAGAUCAGGAUGAAGUCUAGAUUUAGGUUAAAUCAGGAUUCAAUUUGGACUUAGAUACGCCACGAGCUCACACUGCACUCAGGUCCUUUACAGAUUCAGUCCGAAUUCAUAUCCUUUCUGGAUUCAGGUUGUAUCUGGAUUCAGUCUAGAUUUAGGUCCUUUAAGAAUUCAGUCUGGAUUCAGAUCCUAUCAAGAUUGCGACUGGAUUCAGGUCCUGUCUGGAAUCAGAUCGUGUCUGGGUUAAAUCUACUUUUAUGAAUUCAGUCCACUCUGCAUUUAGUCCUCUGUGGUUUCAAUCCGGACUCGGUCCUCUCUGGAUGUUGCUUGGGGUGCCACCUAAAAACUCAAGUACAGACAGACCAGCUCACAGAUGUCGCGACAGACUAAGCAGUUUUAGCGCCAGAUGUCACAGUGCUUCGUUCAGCGUGGAUGUGGCAGUCUGUCCGUGACUCCAAUGAUGUUCUCUUCCAGCUCUCUUCUCAUUCAGCCUCUAUGCAUCCGCAUCAUUCAGCCAAGCAAUCUCAUUAAGAGAAUGUCUGUGACACUGCAGUGUCCCGGUUAUGCUGAGGACACACUGCGCUCUCUGGCUGACAGACUGCCAUGCAGAGAGACACAGCUCUUGUCACUGCUGUCGCUCAUGGGACAGCCUGAUCAAUACAGUUAUCCUUCAAUCUUCAUCUAUGGCCACAGAUCAACAGGAAAGAGUCAUGUGGUGCUCUCCAUCAUGAAAGACUUGGAGCUCCCCCAUGCGUCAGUGGACUGUGUUGAGUGUGUGUCCAGUGGGCUUCUCUUUAACCAGGUGUUGUCUGCCUUUUUUGGGGCCGAUGCUGCAGCAUUGCUUCCCCGUUGCCCAUCUUUGUCAGAUUUUGUGCGACUGUACAAACAGAUGAGCUCCAACUCGCCGGCCACUCAGACACGCUAUAUAAUUCUGGACAGAGCUGAACGCAUGAGAGAUAUGGAUUUCAGUCUGCUUCCUGCUCUUCUGCGCCUACAGGAAUUGGUAAAUGAUAAUGUGACGGUCAUCUUGCUCAGCGAAAUUGUGUGGGAAAAGUUUCGGCCCAACACUGGCUGCUUUGAACCUCUGCUCUUUAAUUUUCCAGACUACAGUAAAGCGGAGCUUGUGCAGAUUCUGUCUCGGGAUCAUCACCCUUCCUACACACCUGAGCUCUACGCUUCCUACAUAAACAUCCUGCUGGGGGUCUUCUUCUCAGUAUGCAGAGAUCUGAGAGAGCUCAGGCACCUGGCUGCCCUGAAUUUCUCCAAGUUCUGUGAACCCCUGGAGAAAGGAGAAGCCAAAGAGAGUGAUAUUCACAAGUUAUGGAAAAACAUUGAGCCCCAUCUGCAGAGAGCCAUGCAGACGGUUUACCUCCGAGAGGUGUCCAGCAUGCAAUGGGAGCAGCAGCAGAUGGACGAGAAGGAGGCCACGACCCUCAGAGGUUUAUCAGCACAUGCUCACAUAGAGCUGCCGUAUUACUCCAAGUUUCUGCUGAUUGCUGCUUACCUGGCGUCGUUUAACCCUGCUCGCACAGAUCGCCGCUUCUUCCUCAAGAGUCAUGGGAAAAUAAGGAAGACUAAUUUCUUGAAGAAACAUGAGAAGACGAGUAACCAUCUGUUGGGACCGAAGCCUUUUCCUCUUGAUAGACUGUUGGCCAUAUUCUACAGUGUGGUUGAUAGCAGAGUUGCACCUACAGCCAGUAUCUUCUCACAGAUUUCAUCUCUAGUUACUCUGCAGCUUCUCUCUCAGGUGGGGCACGAUGAUCAGCUGGACUCACCCAAAUACAAAUGUGCAGUUUCACUGGACUUCAUACUUGCGAUCUCCAGAACCGUAGGCUUUGAUGCGGGGAAGUAUCUGUACGACUUCCUGUGAUCCUCUUGCAGUGGACAUGAACCAGGCAUUUAAUCUGACAAAAUCACAUCACUUGGAAUUAUGGACGUGAAUGGAAUGCUGGAUAAAUUGUGUUACAGGAAGUUCCUGCAUUUAUUAGUCCAAUCAGAUGUCACCAUGGGAAAAUACUCAGUUUAUACAAGAGACUCUUUCCUCAAAGAGAGAUUUGAUGGGUUUGGUGUGUUAACGUGUGGAACAACUUAAUGUUGGUCUAAUAAAUACUGUAUAGUUUGUAAUAAAAUUAAUAAUGAGUCCAGUUUAUUUUUCACACACUACCUUACAAAAGUUUGGGGUUGGUAUGACUUUUUUUUGUGUGUGUGUUUUUGAAAGAAGUCUUAUGGUGCUUACCAUGGCUGCAUUUACUUGAUUAAAAGUACAGUAAAAACAUUAAUAAUGUGAAAUAUUAUUACCACUUAAAAUAACCUG